CGGUAACAACCGGAAGCGCAACAGAAUGCUCUGAACAAGACGACUGUGGCAACAAGUUAAUCACGCUCUCCUGUGAUUUUUUUGUCCAUCUCUGGGAAAUACUAAAUCAAAAGAAGAAAACCCUUUUGACUUAGUCAAGUAUACACGUGUGUCCUUCAAUCACCUUGCUCGGGUGAAAGCAACAUCAAGGCGCGCCUAGCGAUUAUUGUCGGAUGCUUUACCUGCCUUGGAUGAAAAACGAAUGUCCUUUCUAAUGAAGAAGGCUAGCCGUUCACUCUGAAGGUGCAGGAUGAAAAGAUGGCACAGCUGCUUGUACCGCCAGGACCAGAGAGUUUCCGCCUGUUUUGUCGUGAGUCCCUUGAUGCCAUCGAGAGGCGGAUCGCUGAGGAGAACGCCAAGAAACCCAAGGGGAAGCCCAACGACGAUGACGACAACAGGCCCAAGCCCAGCAGUGACCUGGAGGCAGGAAAAUCACUGCCACUCAUAUAUGGGGACAUUCCCAAAGGAUUGGUGUCCACACCACUGGAGGACCUGGACACCUUCUACAGCAACCAGAAAACCUUUAUAGUAUUGAACCGAGGGAAGGCCAUCUUCCGCUUCAACGCCACUCCUGCCUUGUAUGUCUUAAGCCCUUUCAACCCUCUUAGAAGAAUAUCAAUGAAGGUUUUGGUUCACUCAUUGUUCAGCAUGGUAAUCAUGUUCACUAUCCUUACCAACUGUGCGUUUAUGACCCUGAGUCAGCCUCCAGACUGGGCAAAGAAUGUAGAGUACACAUUCACUGGAAUUUAUACAUUUGAAUCUCUUAUAAAAAUUUUGGCAAGGGGCUUCUGUGUAGGGAAGUUCACCUUUCUACGAGAUCCAUGGAACUGGUUGGAUUUCUGUGUUAUUGUCAUGGCAUAUAUCACAUCGUUUGUGGACCUGGGCAAUGUGUCAGCACUGAGAACGUUCAGGGUUCUCCGAGCACUGAAAACUAUAUCGGUCAUCCCAGGCCUGAAGACCAUUGUGAGAGCGCUGAUCCAAUCAGUGAAGAAACUGUCAGAUGUGAUGAUCCUCACUGUAUUCUGCCUAAGUGUCUUUGCCCUAAUAGGGCUGCAGCUGUUUAUGGGCGAUUUAAGAAACAAAUGUUUAAGGAUCCGUCCUAACUCAACCAACUACUUUAAUGAAACAUUGGACUUUAAUGGGACGGAAUAUAAUGAUGCUGACUUUAACGAGACCAGCCCGUUCAACUGGACCAAUUACACAAAUAAUCCCGAUAAUUAUUACUACCUCCCAGGUAAAAGGGAUGCUUUGCUUUGUGGAAAUGGCAGUGGUGCUGGGCUGUGCCCAGAGGGAUUCUUGUGCAUCAAAGCGGGCCGGAACCCAGACUACGGCUACACCAGCUUUGACACGUUCAGCUGGGCCUUCUUGUCUCUGUUCAGACUGAUGACUCAGGACUACUGGGAGAACCUCUACCAGCAGACCCUGAGGGCUGCUGGGAAGCCGUAUAUGAUCUUCUUUGUGCUGGUCAUCUUCCUGGGCUCCUUCUACCUGAUCAACCUGAUCCUGGCUGUGGUUGCUAUGGCGUACGACGAGCAGAACCAGGCCACCAUCGAGGAGGCUCAGCAGAAGGAGGAGGAGUUCAAGGCCAUGCUGGAGCAGCUGAGGAGACAGCAGGAGGAUGCACAGGCGGCGGCAACAGUGAUGGUGGCUGAGAGUGGGGAGUUCAGUGAGAGAGGAGGGCUCACUGAGACCUCCUCAGAGGCCUCCAAACUCAGCUCCAAGAGCGCCAAAGAGAGGCGCAACAGGCGCAAGAAGAGGAAGCAGAGAGAGGAGGAGGAGAGAGAGGAUAAUGACAAGUAUCACAGGUCUGAGUCCGACAGCAGUAUGAAAAAGAGUCACUUCCGCUUCUCCAUGGAUGCCUCUAACCUGCACAAUUACGACAUCAGAUGUUCAACACCAUACCAGUCCUUCCUAAGUAUCCGCGGACCCUUGUUCUCGUCCAGACGGAACAGCCGGGCUAGCCUCUACAGCUUCCGGGACCGUGCGCGGGACAUAGGCUCGGAGAACGACUUUGCCGACGACGAGAACAGCACUUUCGAGGACAACGACAGUCGCCGGGGCUCUCUGUUUGUCCCUCGGCGGAGCGACCGGCGCUCCAGCAACGUGAGCCAGAACAGCAUGCCAUCACACGUCCUGCUGCCAGCAAAUGGGAAGAUGCACAGCUCCGUCGACUGCAAGGGGGUGGUGUCCCUAGUGGGCGGGGCUUCACUCCCCACGUCACCUGAGGGACUCCUUCUGCCAGAGGAAAAUACUACGGAGACAGAGUACAGAAAAGCCCGAUGUGGAUCGUACCAGGCCUCUAUGGACUUCCUGGAGGACCCAGUGGCCAGGCAGAGGGCCUUCAGUGUAGCUAGUGUUAUAACCAACACUAUGGAAGAACUUGAAGAAUCGAGACAGAAGUGCCCUCCUUGCUGGUACAAGUUUGCCAACACCUUCCUCAUCUGGGACUGUUGUCCGAAGUGGCUGAGGAUGAAGAAGAUAGUCAAGAUGAUCGUGAUGGACCCGUUUGUAGACCUAGCUAUCACCAUAUGUAUUGUUAUGAACACUGUGUUCAUGGCUAUGGAGCAUUACCCAAUGUCUAGGGCAUUCAACACCAUGCUUUAUGUGGGAAACCUGGUGUUCACAGGUAUCUUCACAGCUGAGAUGUGUUUCAAGAUUAUUGCUUUGGAUCCAUACAUUUAUUUUCAGGAAGGCUGGAAUAUAUUUGAUGGUAUCAUUGUCAGUUUGAGCUUGAUGGAGCUUUGCUUGGCCAACGUGUCUGGAAUGUCUGUCCUCAGAUCAUUCCGAUUGCUGAGAGUAUUCAAACUGGCCAAGUCUUGGCCCACAUUGAACAUGCUGAUCAAGAUCAUUGGUAACUCAGUGGGGGCCUUGGGUAAUCUCACCCUGGUACUGGGCAUAAUCGUCUUCAUCUUCGCCGUGGUGGGCAUGCAGCUCUUUGGCAAGAGCUACAGAGACUGUGUGUGUAAGAUCUCUAAAGACUGCAUACUGCCCCGGUGGCACAUGCAUGACUUCUUCCACUCUUUCCUGAUUGUGUUCCGGGUGCUGUGCGGGGAGUGGAUUGAGACCAUGUGGGACUGCAUGGAGGUGGCUAGCCAGAGCAUGUGCCUCAUCGUCUUCCUGAUGGUCAUGGUCAUCGGGAACCUGGUGGUCCUAAAUCUGUUCCUGGCUUUGCUGCUGAGCUCGUUCAGUGCUGAUAACCUGGCGGCCACGGAUGAUGACAGCGAGAUGAACAAUCUGACUGUGGCCAUAGGCCGCAUCCACCAGGGCAUCGCCUUCGUCAAGGCCUUGGUGCGCCGCUUCUUCCACAGCAUCUGUCUGAGGAAGAAGAAGGGGAGCCUGAACGAGGACAAGACCCUGGUUGACCUCCACAAAAGCAUGGGGACCAACUGGAACUCCAACCACACCACCGUGGAGAUCAUGAAAGACCCUGAAUACAUAAAAGAUGGCAAUGGCGCCACCAGUGGUGUGGGAGUGGGGGUGGGCAGCAACGCAGCAGCGAAGUACAUAAUCAAUGACAACACUGACUAUAUGCCUUUCAUCCACAACGCCAGCCUGACCAUCACGGUGCCCAUCGCUGUGGGAGAGUCGGACUUUGAGAACCUCAACACUGAGGACUUCAGCAGCGAUUCCUCGGACGUAGAGGAAAGCAAAGAGCAGCUAUCAGAAGACCGUCCGCUGAGCUCCUCAGAGGGCAGUACAGUGGACAUUAGGCCCCCAGGAGAGGGAGAGGGCUCGGUGGACUUGGAGCCUGAGGAGUCCAUGGAACCUGAAGGCUGCUUCACUGAUGGAUGUGUCCGCAGAUUCCAAUGCUGCCAAGUGAAUGUCGAUGAGGGCAAGUGGAAGAUGUGGUGGACAUUAAGGAAAACCUGCUUUAAGAUAGUGGAGCACAACUGGUUCGAGAGCUUUAUCAUCUUCAUGAUCCUGCUCAGCAGUGGAGCGCUGGCAUUUGAGGACAUCUACAUCGAGCAGAGGAAGACCAUUAAGACAGUGUUGGAGUUUGCGGACAAAGUCUUCACUUACAUCUUCAUCCUGGAGAUGUUGCUGAAGUGGGUGGCCUAUGGAUUCGCCAAAUACUUCACCAACGCUUGGUGCUGGCUGGACUUCCUCAUUGUUGACGUGUCUCUUGUCAGCCUUGUGGCCAACGCCCUGGGCUACGCUGAGCUGAGUGCCAUCAAGUCCCUGAGGACUCUACGAGCGCUGAGGCCCCUGAGAGCGCUGUCCCGCUUCGAGGGCAUGAGGGUGGUCGUCAAUGCUCUGCUCGGAGCCAUCCCCUCCAUCUUCAAUGUGCUCUUGGUGUGCCUCAUCUUCUGGCUCAUCUUCAGCAUCAUGGGCGUCAACCUGUUUGCAGGGAAAUACUACCAUUGUGUCAACAUGACCACAGGGGAGCGCUUCAAAGUCAGAGAUGUGGCUAACAAGACAGAAUGUUUGGCUUUGGAAGGUGCCUACUGGAAGAAUGUCAAGAUCAACUUUGAUAACGUGGGAGCAGGCUAUCUGGCACUGUUACAAGUGGCUACAUUCAAAGGCUGGAUGGACAUCAUGUAUGCAGCUGUGGACUCUCGCAGUUUGGAGGAUCAACCCGACUAUGAAGUUAAUCUGUACAUGUAUAUGUACUUUGUGGUAUUCAUCAUAUUUGGAUCCUUCUUCACACUCAACCUCUUCAUUGGUGUCAUUAUAGACAACUUCAACCAGCAAAAGAAAAAGUUUGGAGGUCAAGACAUCUUCAUGACAGAGGAACAGAAGAAAUACUACAAUGCUAUGAAGAAGCUUGGCUCAAAGAAACCCCAAAAGCCUAUCCCUAGGCCAGCGAACAAGUUUCAAGGAUAUGUCUUUGAUUUCAUUACAAAGCAAGCCUUCGACAUUGUCAUCAUGAUUCUUAUAUGCCUUAAUAUGGUCACCAUGAUGGUGGAGACGGACGACCAGACGGACGACAUGGAUAGAAUUCUCUACAAGAUCAACCUGGUGUUUAUUGUCAUGUUUACUGGAGAGUGUAUUCUGAAGAUGAUCUCACUCCGCCAAUACUACUUCACCAUUGGGUGGAAUGUAUUUGACUUUAUUGUUGUUAUCCUGUCGAUAAUUGGUAUGUUUCUCUCUGAACUGAUAGAGAAGUACUUUGUUUCACCAACCUUAUUCCGAGUCAUUCGACUGGCCCGAAUUGGUCGCAUCCUUCGCCUCAUCAAGGGUGCCAAGGGAAUCCGUACACUCUUGUUUGCUUUGAUGAUGUCACUUCCUGCCUUGUUCAACAUUGGUCUUCUGCUCUUCUUAGUGAUGUUUAUCUAUGCCAUCUUUGGCAUGUCGAACUUUGCAUACGUCAGGAAGGAGUCUGGGAUUGACGACAUGUUCAACUUUGAGACAUUUGGCAACAGCAUGAUUUGCCUGUUCCAGAUCACCACGUCAGCUGGCUGGGAUGGCCUGCUGGCGCCCAUCCUCAACAAGAAAGAGCCAGACUGCGAAAGCCAUAAAGAGCACCCAGGCAGCAAGUACAAGGGGGGAGACUGUGGGAACCCCCCUGUGGCCAUUAUCUUCUUUGUGAGCUACAUCAUCAUCUGUUUCCUCAUUGUGGUCAACAUGUACAUUGCUGUCAUCCUGGAGAACUUCAGUGUGGCCACUGAGGAGAGCGCUGAGCCCCUGAGCGAGGAUGACUUUGAAAUGUUCUACGAGGUCUGGGAGAAGUUUGAUGCGCGGGCCACCCAGUUCAUGGAGUAUGAGAAGCUGUCUGACUUCGCUGAUGCCCUGGACCCCCCGCUACGCAUUUCUAAGCCCAACAAGAUCCAGUUGAUCUCCAUGGAUUUGCCCAUGGUGAGUGGGGAGCGCAUCCACUGCCUGGACAUCCUGUUUGCCUUCACCAAGCGCGUCCUGGGUGAGGGCGAAGGCUUGGACAUCCUCCGGGGUCAAAUGGAGGAGCGCUUUAUGGCCUCCAACCCCUCCAAGGUGUCCUACGAACCCAUCACCACCACGCUGCGCCGCAAACAAGAGGACAUGUCUGCCCUGGUCAUUCAGAGAGCUUUCAGACGGUAUCUGCUCAGGCGUAUUGUUAAACGGGCCUCUGCCACGUACAAGAAGAAGAUUCUCCUUGAUAAAGAGGUUCUCGUUAUAGACAAAUUUAACGAGAUCUCUACUUCAGACAGAACUGAGAUGACCCCCUCCACAGCCUCUCCCCCAUCAUAUGACAGCGUCACAAAACCAGAGAAAAACAAAUAUGAAAAAGACAAGAGAGAGAAGGAGGUGAAGAAGAAAAAUAAGUAAACGGAUGUUGGGAAGAUGCAACGUAGACCUUUCAUUUCCUGACAAAUUGUUUACAGCCUUUGAAGGUGACCAAUGUGUCAAGUGGACCCUCUUCUUUGGUGUGGAUAUCUAUGCCAAACUGACAAUGCUUACUUGAGUCUAAAUGUAAGUUGGUGUCUAAAAUGAGGUAGUGACUCACAUUCUUAGGCUGUAGGGUGACCAAUUGUUCAGAUAAAAAUGUCUGUAGGGACAAAAACAAAUGGUUGCCCGCCCACAGGUAAAAGAACCAUUUAGUUAUGUUGUGCCCUGUAACUUCUCUUGCAGCUAGUACUACCAGGCUGCAUACAGUGUCUUGCAUUAUAACUGCCAUAUGAUUUACUAACUUAUUUUUCUUACAGAAUCUUGUUUUUAAUCAUAGGUUGAUUGUGUGACUAUUUUUGUAAACAGAGGGGUUUCAUGUAUUGCUUUAAAGGUAUUCUUGUUCACUUUAAAUGUUCAUACGACUUGACUACUCAUGAUGACCAUUAUUGCUGCAGUGCAGUUAGGGGGAUUGCUGCAGUUCAAUCUAAAUGUAGACCUGCAUGAAUGCUUCCCCAUGAUUAUGCAUGUCGCAUCACACACCAUCACCAAAAUUAGAUAGAUUUCUCCUUCUCCUUGAUGUCUGAGUUUUUCAUACUCUGAUGAAUCGGUAACAUUAUUAAAUGUUUACUCACACUAUUACAAAUCAACAAGAACAUUUCUCUAGAGCAUACAGUCCAAAUACCAUUACCAACAAUUAUUGUCUACCAUCAGUUUCAGAACAAUAACAUGGGCUACAAUGCCUAACGCUAUCUAGUAACACAUACUUAGUUUUCCUGCUUUCAUUAAUCAGAAACUACAGUACAAUACAGAAUACAUUCAUCUUUACAGCUGGUUCACAGAGUUGAUACCCAUAGUAUUCAUAAUUCAGCUCUUCUGUCCAGCUUGUUCUCUUCACAGUGGUGAAUGCUAAAACGAGCCAAUGUCCUCUGCACAGUAUAGUUGUGUCAGUCAGGUGUAAGUCACCUCAUGUAGUCUCCAAGCCUCUGACAGAUGAAACACUGUAUUCUGUAUCAUAUGUGCUCAUCAUAUGAAAAAACUUAAGAGGCAUUCUAGCAUCAUGACUCUGCGUUUUUGGUACUGCAACAUCAUUGGUCAGUGCUAGAAAACGUCCUUGUCAUUUACCAAAUCCAAAUUGCUUUGUGUGCACCUUUCCUUCCUCACUUCCCAAAUAGGUUUCCAUUGUUAUUGAUGUAUCUGUAUGUACAUAUUCUAUAAUAUAUGAAAUAUACAAAUAUAUUUGAUAUAUUAGGUGAUAGUUUUCAUGUAUAAUGGAAUAUAUGAAGUUGUUAGUGUUAUUUAGUACAUAUAAAUGUGUAUAUUAUAUUCUGCAUUCUCUGUUCUAUAUGGCAGAUAGACCAGAGUAUGUCUAUAUAAAUACUGUCAUAUAAUCAUUUUUCUUUGUACUAUACAACCCUUUUGUAAAUAAUUUGCUAUACAAUAUAGCCGCACUGUCUGUACCAUAGCCACUUUAGUUAUUUAAGCCUCACUUCACUUUUUCAUUCUGAAACUCCCCAUGUGAUCUAGUGAAGGGGAAGUGGACUUCUCAUUUUGAUUCUUGCAUAUUUUAUUUUGUGUCAUUUGUAAACUGUGGUCACAUUUACGUCAUUUAGCAGACGCUCUUAUCCAGAGCGACUUACAGUUAGUGAGUGCAUACAUUAUUAUUUUAUU